AAUAUGCUAUGUUCAGUUAUAGUAACUACUUUUCUGUAACAUAUUAAAAGUUUGGGUGUUAGUUUUUAGUGUCCCUGUGUCCUCCGUUUACCUGGUAGCUGCUGUAGUUUACCAAGUUUACAUCUAUUUUUGUUUGUAACACAGUAUUUAUAGAUAUGCUGUCUCAAAUGAUGUGUUCUUUAAUGUCCUUUCGACGACCAUUAUUAUUCAUGAUGAACCAAGCUGCACGAUGUGAACGCUGGAAGUUUUAUAACUCCAGAUGUGCUUCUUAUGGAACUACAGCUGGUCAUACAGUGGUUACUCAGAAGAGAGGUCCAGUGCUCACAGUGGGAAUUAACCGGCCAGAGGUCCGUAAUGCCGUCAACCAAGAGACAGCCCAUCGAUUAUUUGCGGAGCUUUCAGCUUUUGACCAGGACGACAGCUUGAGUGUAGCUGUGCUGCAUGGUAUAGGAGGAAAUUUUUGUGCUGGUUAUGAUCUUAAAGAGCUUAGUCAAAACACGGCUUCCAUCAGUCUGGAGCAGAAUGUUACUCGAGGUCCUGCUCCAAUGGGUCCCUCUCGUCUAAGGCUGUCCAAACCACUGAUUGCAGCCGUGAGUGGCUAUGCUGUAGCUGGAGGGUUGGAGCUGGCCCUACUAGCUGAUCUCAGAGUGAUGGAGGACACUGCGAUUAUGGGGGUUUUUUGUCGUAGAUUUGGUGUGCCACUGAUUGACGGUGGUACAGUACGGCUGCCACAGUUAAUAGGUUUGUCCCGGGCUCUGGACCUUAUUCUGACUGGCAGACCUGUGGGAGCCCAGGAGGCACUGGCAUUUGGACUAGCAAACAGAGUGGUGCCUGAGGGAAAAGCCUUGCAGGUAGCUAUUGAGCUUGCCGAGCAAAUAAGCAGCUUCCCACAGCUCUGUCUACGUGCUGACCGGAACUCGGCCUACCACGCAGCCUUUGACUCAACCUCCUUCACUGAAGCCAUGCAGUAUGAGACCGACCAUGGUUUUCCAGUCAUUCCCGCUGAAGCUGUUGCCGGGGCCACCAGGUUUAGUUCUGGCACUGGGAGAGGGGGAAAGUUUGAGUGAGAAAGAUAAUGAACAGUAGGUGGCAUAAUAAUACAGCUGGUAGUGGGUAGUGGGUAGAGAGCGUUGCCUUGCAGUUGAUUGGCGGUCUGUCAUGCUCACUUUAUGCUGAGUGGUUUUGGAUGACCUCUGGUCCCAUUGCUACUAACCUACCUAUUGCUACAACAUCUUGGUCAGGAUUUGCAAUGAUUACAUGAAUGAACAGUGUAUUCUUUGUGGAUUUUACUGUUUAAUAUUAAUUUAUUAAAAUGAUCAGUUAACAUCUGA